AUGGCUAAAUUUAAUAUUUCUCAAGUUGUUACAUUUUGUGGUGUACUGUUAUACUUAGUUGUUCUACUUGUUGAUUAUAGGAUAAAGUUAAUUGGAGCAACUCAUGUCAAGCAUCCCAAGAAGAAGUUACAUGAUCGUGAUAAAGUACAAAGUGAUCUUGUUUAUUUGUCUUUCAUUGAAGAUUUGGAUUCGAGGACGAAUCCUUUUCAAGAAGGGGAGAAUAAUAGGAACCAGGACACAUGGAACCCAAUAAGGGUCCAUAGUGUGGUCAUCACAAGGCCUAUCACUACAUCCUUAAAGCAUCAUUGGUAUAGAAAAAUGUCUUUUGAAAAUGAUACAGUUGAUAGUGAUAGUGUAUGUACUCACAAAAGAAGAAAAUCAUCCGAAGUUUGGAAUCAUUUUUCAACUGUUGAAAAAGGGGAAGAUGGUAGAGGGAGGGUUACAUGCAAUUACUGUAAAAAAUCAUAUUUGCAUGAUGCUUCCAAAAGUGGAACAUCAACUUUAAGUCGUCAUUUGUUGACAUGCAAAAAGAAACCAGAAGAUGCGGGUGCUAUGUUAAUUGAUCAAGAAGGGAAAUUGAAUAAUAGAACUAUUGAUCAAAAAGUUUGUCGUGAAUUAAUUGCCCAGUGUACAAUUGAACAUAAUCUUCCAUUUAAAUGGGUUGAAUAUAGGAGUGUGAGGUUACUUUGUCAGUAUUUGAAUCCUGAUUUUCAAUUCAUUUCUAGAAAUACUUUGGCAUCAGAUGUUUUGCAAUUGUAUGAAAGACAUAAAGAAAGGUUGAAGUUGAUAUUGAAAAAGAUUACCGGUAUGCUUUGUUUAACAUGUGAUGUGUGGACUGCAUGUACAAAUGCCGGUUAUAUAUGCUUGACUGUGCAUUAUGUGGACGAAAAUUGGGUGUUGAAUAAUAAAAUACUUUCAUUCUGUGAUAUGCCUCCUCCGCAUUCUGGCUUUGAAUUAUCUAGGAAAGUUUAUGACUGCUUGGUAGAUUGGGAGAUAGAUAGUAAAGUGUUUUCCAUAACUUUGGAUAAUGCUUCUGCCAAUGAUGUUAUGGUGAGACUUCUAAAGCAGCAACUAUUGUUACAAAAUAGUUUGCUUUGUGGUGGAGAAUUUUUUCAUGUAAGGUGUUUUGCACAUAUCUUGAAUUUGAUUGUUCAAGAUGGGUUGAAAGUUGCUAGUGUUGCAUUAGGAAAAAUUAGAGAGAGCAUUAAGUAUGUAAAAAUGUCUGAAGCAAGAAUGAUAUCAUUUCAAGAUUGUGCUCAACGUGUUGGUGUUGAUAUCACUUGUGGACUUGCUUUGGAUGUGCCAACUCGUUGGAAUUCAACUUAUGUGAUGCUUGAUAGUGCUAUACAAUAUCGUCGUGUUUUUUGCUCUCUUGGAUUAAAGGAUAGAAAUUACAAGUGUUGUCCUUCGGAUGAAGAGUGGUCAAGAGGGGAAAAGAUGUGUGUAUUUUUGUAUCCAUUUUAUGCUAUUACCAACUUGAUUUCAGGUUCAUCCUAUCCGACUUCAAAUUUGUAUUUUUUGCAAGUUUGGAAGAUUGAAUGUUUGUUGCUUGAGAAUUUAGACAGUGAGGAUGAAGUAGUAAAGGGUAUGGCUAAGAAUAUGAAAUUGAAGUUUGACAAGUAUUGGGAUGAGUACAGUGUAAUACUUGCAAUGGGAGCUGUUUUUGAUCCAAGGUUGAAAUUGCAAUUUGUGGAAUAUUGUUAUAAGAUGCUUAAUCCACUUACUUGUCAAGCGAAGAUUGAAUGGAUAAAGAACAAAUUAUACAUGUUGUACGAUGAGUAUAAGAAGAAGAGUGUUGGUUCUUCAUCUUCUAGAGUUUCUACUUCGCAAUCACAAGAACCUUUGGUAACAAGUAUUUAUGGAGUAGGGAGCGGAGGAUUGAGAAGUAGAGGAGGACAUGGAAAAUUGGAUGAAACUCUUAUUUCUAUGAAGAUGAAGAUUAUGUUGGUGAAGUUGGAGUUGGAGCUUCAAAUGUUGAGGGGGAAGAAUAAGGGUGAAGUUGGAGGUGGAGAUGAAGAUGAAAAUUAUGUUGGAGUUGGAGUAAGAAGAUUGUGA